AUGCAGCUGAAAAGAAAGAAUAGCGUUUUCAUCGAUCCAAGAAUUCAAGAAGUUGCUGGUCCUUGUGAACCAAGUGAUAAUGGCAAUAAUGAAGAAGAAGAUAAGAUUAUCAGUAUCCGUGCAACUGCAUCCAGUGCCAGCAUUACCAAAGAGUCUGUACCAGAAGCCCCACCAACUCACUUUAUUCCUGUCGUAGUGACGGUUGAGCCAGAUGCCUGGGAGAAGUUUCGAGACAUUAUUCAAGUCAACAGGAACAUAGUUAUCGUGAAAGUUGGGAGGUGGUUGAUGUCUAGUUUCAUGCCAGGAGAUCAGAUAUCACUUGUUAAUGGAACUGCCAUUUGGAAUUCUGAUGAUCUUGAAAACCAAGUUCGCGGUCCGAAGAAGGAAACAAAAACUGAAGUUACAGUAAUCCGUGUGUGGAAUUUGAAAUGCCUUACUGACAUUCAGUUGGAUAAGCUUCUUGUUCCACCAGAAGAGCAACUUCAUUACUUUUCUGUAAAAGUUUACUCAUCAAAAGGAACUAUUGGAUUGAAGUUGUGUUUGGACAAGAAACGAGUGCUCGUGGAACUUAUUCGUGCCAAGACCCCAGUCAAUUCAGCUCUACUCGUUGGAGAUCAAAUCUUGGGGAUAAAUGACGAGCUUCUGACUGCAAAAAGCAAGAGAGCUUUGAGAAAGCAAGUAGCAGAAGUAAUGAAGAAGAGCAUCAAGAAACAAGGAUUCGCAGAAAUCAUUGCUUGCCGUCAAGUCAUCGCUCGAAGCUCCCCAGCACCAAGUUUGGAGGCGGAACUGUCCGAGAAGUUUGCGAACUAUGCAGUUGGAGUAGAGAAAGGAACAAGAAUUGAGAAGAAAGACUCCAGUGAAACAAACAGUCUUCCAUUGCAUUCCGAUGCUUUGGAGAUUGCAUUGCGGGAGUUGGCAUGCUUGAAGCAAUGGAUUGUAGAAAGUUCCACUGAAGUUCCACCGUGCGACAAGGGGCCUACUCUCAUGAUCGAUCCACCAACUGCGCCUGGCUCUGCCGAAGGAUGCCCACCUCCAUUAGUGAAGGCCAAAUCCACAACAAAUGCAAUCGAGCGAUCGGUUUACUUCCCGUUAAGCACAACUGCUGCUGUUGCGAUUCUUGUAAGCACUCCAAAGAAGCGAAGCAUUUUUAGACAACAGGACAGGAAUUCGGCUAUCAAUUUUGCGGAGCAGCCCGACCACGAAAAGAUCACAUCGGAUAUUCCUGAAGAGGAUGACCUGAAGAAAUGCGAGCCUAUGUCUGGAAUUGCUGCAUACAUUAAGAAAAAGUUCAAUUAGGCAGA